AUGCAGCAUUUAUACCAGUCUGCUGGCUGGGUCCUCGUUACUCUGGGGACUCUCAGUGUACUCUCUGGAGUUCUUGCUUUCUUCCCAGUCUUUUCCUGCAAGUUUUGGUUCACAGGAUGGAGUGUCUGGAUUGCUUGUCCCAUCUGGAAUGGAGUUUUGGCCAUCACAACUGGUAUCCUCCUACUGUUGGCUCACAAAGAGUGGACGCAGAGACACCUGUGGGAAGCUAGUUUCACCUCUGUGAUUCUGAGCACAAUGGGAUGCGCACUUCAUUUUACAGUAGCCUUGGUUUCUGCUCUCCUUGGCCCGUAUUGCUUCUACUCACUCUCAGGGAUUGCAGGGAUCAAUUACCUCGGUUAUGCAGUUGCUUUUCCUUUUCCGUAUGCAAAAUUCCCAUCCGUCUGUGUGGACCCACCACACUAUGAAGAGUACCAUCUGACACUGCAAGCCGUCGACCUGUGCCUGAGCUCUGCCAUGCUCUGUGUGUCCCUGACAGCGUUCACACUUUCUGCAAGACUUAUCCAGAGUGGACAUGUCAGUGUAAGUUUCCAGAACAGGGCAGACACUUCUCGUUCCAUUUUAAAUGCUAACAUGGAAAGUUUGGAUGAGGUCUUCCUUUCCUUCAGGGACAGUUUCAGUUGUACGUUUGGUGACACAGAGUUUGAGCCUCAAAUCAGAUUAGUGUCAGUGCGCAUCGCAGCCUGCCUCUUCACCAUGCUCUUCAUUGCUCCUCCAAACCAUGCUGUGGUGCUCUCUCUGCUCACUCUGGUGCUUGGCACUGUCUCAAGCUCCUGGACAACUAUCUCCCCCAGCCCACACUAA